AUGCCGGGCCGCAAAUCCUCCAAGGAAAAGAAGCGGCGCCGCUCUCGUUCCAGCGGCCUAGACGGGGGCUCGGGCGCGGGGGGCACCGAGGGGAAGCGGCGAAGUACCGAGUCCAGCUACAGCCUCUUGGAGGAAAUAAAAUGUACUGUGCCAUCUGCAGAAAAAGAGGAGUUAGCUGAAGAGCACAGCGACAUAGAAGACGGUGGACUAGACCUCAGUGUGUCUCUAAAACCAGUUAGUUUCUACAUUGCAGACAAAAAAGAAAUGCUUCAUCAGUGCUUCUGUGUCAUAGGGGAGAAGAAACUGCAGAAAAUGCUGCCUGAUGUUUUGAAGAAUUGUUCCAUGGAGGAAAUCAAAAGACUUUGCCUGGAUCAGUUAGAACUUCUAUCUGAGAAAAAACUCCUGAAGAUUCUUGAAGGUGAGACUGGUGCUGACUCUGAUACUGAUGAAGAUGCAGACCGUGGUGGAAAUAAGACCGGAGUUGAAUCAGUCAGUCAACAAGACAACAAUGUAGAUUCUACUUCUUCUCUGAGGGAAGACAGCAAACUGGAAGGUCUGGAGUCAAAACAAGGCAAGGGAGAAGAUAGUGAUGUCCUCAGCAUAAAUGCAGAUGCAUAUGAUAGUGACAUAGAAGGCCCAUGCAUUGAAGAGGAGAGUCCAGAUGUGCCAGAAAGUGCUGUCAGAAGUGGAGCUGGUCAGAUAGAUGACCUUCAGAAGGACAUUGAUAAAAGCGUGAAUGAGAUACUGGGGUUGGCAGAAUCCAGCCCAAAGGAGUCUAAAGCAGCAAACUUGGCUGUUGCUCCAUCAGAAGAUGUUCAGCCAUCAGCACAGCAGCUGGAGCUCCUGGAGCUUGAGAUGAGGGCCAGGGCUAUUAAGGCUCUGAUGAAGGCUGGCGAUGUAAAAAAAUAGCCCUAAGCUUGCUUCAUUUUAAUAUUUUUUAUAUUUGUUUUGAAGGGUGUGAUGUCUGUUCUCUUCAGUGCUAAAGUGCAUUUGGAUUGGGCAUGACAUUCCUCAUUCAAACCCUUUUGUGUAUCCUGACCUGUGGCUUAAAUUGUUGAUAGUUGGUUUUCGUUGCCUUUGGCAUGCUGCUUCUGUGACUUAUACAAAUGGAUUGGUUUGACACUGCACUAGAUCAGUGUCUCUUUUUGCUGGGUUAUCACUUGACAUGAAUCGGGAAGAAGUCAUAGAUCUAUGCCAGGAUUCUGGGUGCCUUUAAUAAAGGUUAAACGAACAGUGUAGGUUCUUCAUAAUUCCUGUAGUUAGCAAUUAAACUGCUAAUUUAUUUGUUUUUUUUCCCUCCUGAACCUGUUAGCAAUUUAAGUAACUUGAUUUCCAUGUGCUUCUUAAAAAGGUACUAUUCUGAAGAGGUCUUCUGUGGCGUGACAGUGCUCAUAUCUGCUUGCAACACUCUGAUAUGAUUUGAGAUGUUUAUUUCUCAUUGGGCCCCAGCUUUUAGGAAUAUAAAUGAACUAGUUAAAAUUGAAUGACAAUUUACUUUGGGAGAUUAACAGCAUGCUUAAUUUUUAGAGAGCUAAAAUUGCUCAGAAGAAUUUUUUUCGGUAAGCAAUCUAAGUUAAUUAUUGUUAGAGAAAGUAAUUCCAGUGACAAACUAUGCUAGUAGGUGUUUUUAUACUGCUGGUCAUUUUAUUUGGCUCGUCUCCUCCCACAAUUAUUUUAUCAUGUACAUCUCAGCUGAAAACAGGAAAAUGAAUGCUUUGUUUCUCUCAUUGUGAGAUUUUGUUAAUUCAGCACAUCAUCUUGUGAGAUUGGAUAAUGCAGUGGAUCAGAAACUGUUUAAAGAUUUCUGAUUUUGAGCUCAAGUUUUUGAUAUUUAACUGAUUUAAUCUUUUCAGAUCCCCUGUAAAUAGCUUUCUAGAAAGACGGUGUAAUUUAUUUUUAUGCAUUUUUGUAAGGAUUCAAAAAUCAUAAACUCAUUCUUCAUUUUAAGGAUGUUUCUUUAUAAAUAAUUGCUUUUAUACAACUUGUUUUCCUAUAAUUUGGUAACUGCAACAAAUUAAUUUUGAUUGUUUAGAAGUGGUGCUAUUUUUAUAAUUGAAAGUAUAUUUAAAAGAAACUUUUGAUUUUGUUACAUCCCAGGUGUGAGUCUAAUUCUUGUUAAAUAUUGUUAAAUAAAAUAAAUGGUUCAUUA